AUGGCAGGGUACAACGUGGCCCUGCGCAUGAAGUUCGAGCAGCGAUGCCCGGAGUGCGGGGAGAGUGACUUUGUCGAGGAUCACUCAUCGGGGGACCUCAUCUGCAGGUCCUGUGGGAUGGUAGUGGAGGCACACGUUAUAGAUGAGCGGUCCGAGUGGCGCACGUUUGCAGAAAAGGAGAUCGGCAAAAUGUACAAGAGCAUCGUGGCGGACCUGCGGCUGAAGGAGACGGGGGGCUGGCUGUCGGAGGCGGGGUCCAACCACCCCGCCAACUACAUGCGGCGCAACAUGUCCAAGCUGGCCAUGGACAACGCCGACAUGCGGCGGGGGGUGGGCCUGGCCAACGCCGCGCUGCCGCAGUCGGGGCCUGAGACCGCGGAGCACGCGCCCUGGCACGGCAAGAGCCCGCCCAGCAUCGUGGGGGCCGUGAUCCAUGUCGUGGCCCUGCUGCCCACCGCCUCGCGCCGGCCCAGCCUGGAGGACAUCAGCAAGGCCUGCGGCGUGGCGGAGGCCACCAUCAAGGCCGUGUACCGAGACAUGUACCCGCACCUGGCGAGGCUGUUCCAGAAGAUGGACCGGGCCCUGGUGAACGUGGAGGACGCGGCCAAGCUGCCUGCGCCGGCGUGA